GUUUUUCUUAUUGAGCUCUGCAGCAAAGAUUUGCGAUUGGUUCUGGUUAUCGCACUCUUUCAAAAUGCUGGUGUUGUACGAGACAGCGAUGGGCUAUUGCCUGUUCAAACUGUCUGACUCGGCCAAGCUCGAGUCAGCAGAUCUGUAUAAAAGUUUCGAAACGCCAGAGAAGGCGACAAAAUUGUUGAAGCUAAAAGCACUUCACCGUUUUACGUCUACUGCAAACGCAGUAGAAGAUCUUACUGCCGUGCAGGAAGGUAAACUGGGGAAGGGUCUGAAGAAAUUCUUAACUGAACAGGUGGUGGAGAAAGCAAAACGGAAGGAAACCUUGGUAGUGGUCGACCCAAAACUUGCCCAUUCCAUCUCAAAAAAAUUGAGCAUUCAAGUCACUUCUCCUUCACCACCAGAAGAUCAUAGUGACUUGUGGAGGGGUAUUCGAAGUCAAAUCGCCUCAUUGCUUGACGGCCUUGACCCAAAAGAUCUUGCUACCAUGAGCUUAGGUCUUAGCCAUUCACUCUCACGAUUUAAACUCAAGUUCUCUCCCAAUAAAGUCGACACAAUGAUUGUGCAAGCUAUUGCACUACUGGAUGAUCUUGAUAAAGAGAUCAAUAUAUAUUCCAUGCGAGUCAAAGAGUGGUAUGGAUGGCAUUUUCCCGAAAUGGGGAAGAUUAUCGUUGAUAACCUUGCCUAUGCUAAGGUUGUACGGACAAUGGGUUUCCGCACGAAUGCUGCUACGACAGCGUUUGAAACCAUACUGCCAGAAGAUCUCGAAGCCGUUUUAAAAGCCGCUGCUGAAAUAUCCAUGGGAACCGAGAUAUCUGACACCGAUAUACAGCAUAUACAUGCACUAUGUGACCAAGUCAUAUCCAUAACUGCAUAUCGUGCGCAACUUGCAGAGUACUUACGGAAUCGCAUGAACGCAGUGGCACCAAAUCUUACCGCACUAGUCGGCGACCUUGUUGGAGCACGACUUAUAUCACAUGCUGGAAGUUUAUUGAGCCUAGCGAAGCACCCAGCCAGUACGGUACAAAUUCUCGGUGCAGAAAAAGCACUUUUCCGUGCCCUCAAGACCAAGCACGAUACCCCAAAAUACGGACUCAUCUAUCAUGCCUCCCUCAUUGGCCAAGCACCCCCAAAACUAAAGGGCAAGAUGGCCCGUAUGGUUGCCACAAAAGCCGCACUUUCAAUCCGUGUCGACGCAUUGACGGACGCUGAUGGAAAAUCAGAAGAGACUGCUCCUUCAAUAGGGCUUGAAAACCGCGCAAAAUUGGAGUCUCGCCUACGUGCCUUGGAACAUCAAAACGAUUUGUCUGGUGUGCGAAGAUUUGCAGACAAAAAUCAACAACCGCAACGCUUUGAGAUGAAGGGUCAGACCAAGACAUACAAUACGGAUGCGGAUGCUGUGGACUUGGUUCCAGCACAACGCGACCCUCUGGAGCUGGCAGUGAAAGCUGUUCUCGACGUGAAGGAGGAGAAGAGGAAGGCGAAAGAGGAGAAACGUGGGAAAAAGAAAGCCGACAAGAAGGCGAAGGAGGAGUCAGAUGAUGACCAAAUGGACGUCGAGGAGGAGGAACCCAAGGACAAGAAACGGAAGAGAAGAGAAAGCGAGGUCAACGGUUCCGAAGCUCCUAAGGAGGAUGGAGAAACGGAAGCGGAACGCAAAGCCAGAAAGAAGGCACGCAAGGCUGAAAAGGCUGCUGCGGCAGCUUCUCAAGUGGACAGUGACCCGCCAAAGAAGAAGAAAAAGAAGACGGAGGUGUAGUCUGUCAGAGUGACAUGAGAGUUGUAGUCGGAUUUUAUUUCUAGCCUUCGCCUUAAAUACAAUAUUUUGAAUUUCAUUGGAAUGAUAUUCUCGCUGUCA